UCUCGCAUCAUCCUGGCUGCGCCCGGCAUCCAAAAAGAAAAACGCAGACCUGUGCUUUUUUACAUUUGGAGGCUCGGACAUUACGCAUUUUUAUAACGGUGUGUGGGGGUGGUGGAGGAGGUCUGUUUGACUUUUUUUUUUUUUUUUUUUUUAGCGAGGACUCGGGGCUGUUAUUGCGGACUUAGCGGUGUGAUAUCUGCCGCAGCGUCGGGUCGGGCCAACCACCAUCUGUGGAAGUGGGACAAGGGGGAACAGAUGGCGCAUCCAAGCCGGCCUGCAGGGCUGCUGACGCUGACUGUUAGGACAGCACUGAAGGGUAUCAAUCAUUCAAAUUAAAGCUGUUGCACGGUGUGUUUAUUUCUGCAGACAAUGCCGGAGUGACUUGGAUUGUGAGUGUCCAAAAAACGACUUUCACCAUCAACUUUAAUCCCUCUUUGACGCGUCUCUGACCCGGUCAACAAUGGUUGACAACCGCUACGCCACAGCUCUGGUCAUCGCCUGUGUGCUGAGCAUACUGGCCACUGUUUAUCUGUCGGUGGCCAUCGGGACGCAGCACUGGUACCAGUACAGCAGCCCCACGGUGCGCGGAGAGGCCAACGCGUCCGAGCUGCGCUCCCUGUAUGAGGAGUUCAUAGACGGAGAGUUUGACGAGAAAACCUACAGCGACACCUUGUUCCGCCUCAACGGGACUGUGGGCCUCUGGUGGCGAUGUGUGCACGUCCCUGCCAACGCUCACUGGUACAAAGAGCCAGAUGUCAAGAUGGUGCUGGAGUGUCGAAGCUUCACUCUACCUCAGCAGUUCAUUCCCAAAUAUAAAGAACCAGGAAACCACAACAGCGGAGAGGACAUGGUGCGCACAUACUUGUGGAGGUGCCAGUUUCUGCUCCCACUCGUGUCCCUGGGCCUGGUGGUGUUGGCAGGUCUAAUUGGGUUCUGUGCCUGCCUCUGUCAAAGCCUCACCCCCACACUAGGCAUAGGAGUACUUCACCUGCUGGCUGGUAUCUGCACCUUAGCCACAGUGUGCUGUUACCUGGCGGGGAUGGACCUGCUCCACAGGGUGUCAAUGCUGCCUGAUAAGGUAGAUGGCUCUCUGGGCUGGUCCCUCUACUUGGCCCUCAUUUCCUCACCACUGCACAUGAUGGCCGCCGCACUUCUGGUGUGGGCGGCACGUAGCCACAGUCAAAACUACUACCGCAUGACAGCCUACCGGGUGGCAUAGACUUGAGAUUCGAGCUCUGGAUCUCUGCCCUAUGUUAUAUUCAUACCCUACUCUGACACCAAGAUGCAUUUUAUUAUGACCUCAGAGGAGCGGGAUGUGGGUUAAUCUGUGCAUUUGGCUCUCUGACGGAUUAGAGUGCAUGUACUCUAUAGUAAUAACCCCGUCUGCUGCAUUAAAAGAUUUGAUUUGUGUUUCUCUCUCGGGUUUUACGGCAUUGGUUUGAAAAAGGUCAACCAGAAAGACGUUUAUAACACAACACAUGCUUGGUUUAGAGUAACUUAACACCAAGCUGUGUCCCAGUUUCACGCUGCAUUCCUUCAUUCCAGGUCCUGAACAUGUAGUACAAUACUCACCGAGCUGACUGACGUAUAAAAAAAAUGAUGGGCCAAAAAACUGUCAACACGUUCAAACAAGUGCCCACAUUAGCCAAAUCUCCUUACGUAAAGAGACAAUUUAAUAAGGCGUCUAAUUAAACAGUUUCACCGUUUUCCUGCACAUGAACAAUGAUUGCACAUUUCACGUGUCUUCUAGCAGCUUGUUUCUUGUCCUGUCCGUUUAAACGUAAGGAUGUUACAAUACUAGAACUAUAUGCAGAUCACAUUUUUUGCAAAGAUUAUACACAAAUCCAAUCCAAUAGAGAUUACUCAAACUGCAAUUGCAGGUCAUUUUAAGGAUUACGUUAUACGGUAUGGAACUGGGACACACCUUUCAUUGACAUCCUCUGGUUGACGGCAGCAUUGUAAUAAAGUUGUACUGAACAUGACACACACUCUUGUUCCAAAAAACAAAACAAAACCCCCAGACAGAUGGUUGCUGUUGUUUACUCUUGUCUUUUACUUCUGCUGCUUCGGAACAGUCUAGGAAUGAUGCGACAAUGAGAGAGACGAUGACUAUUACUGUACAUGUUUGGUUGUUUUUAUUAUUCAAGUGAUUUAUUUAUUCAUUGUUAAGGUCAGACUGUGUUUCUUCAUAGUUUAUUUACCCAACGCAUUGUUUUCUUUGCUAUUUUCAAGCAUAUACUUCAUGUUUUGACUGAUUUUAUAGGUUUUUGUAGCAAAACUUUUUUUAAUAUAGUAGUGCUUUUUCACCAUUUCGUGUCAUGUCUUUUGCCCUUCACAUGUUCAUAUAAAUUUGUUUUGUGGAUUCAGUUGUUUAUUCAUGUUAUUUAUAUUUGUUCCUUUUAUUUAUUUUUAUCACCAUUUCAACUCAACAGGAUUUAAGGGAAACUGUGUUUCUCUGUGAGGCAUUAUGAAUGUAAUUUAAAAGGCCAUAUUGGGAUAAGCUACAGUAUUCCUUUGCACUUAAAUUAUUGUUGAACAUAUCCUGUUAUUGCUGUAGUGCUCAGUAGUGAAUU